UGACAUUCUUUGCUUGCUCACCCGCCCGAACGGGUGUUGCUCUAGCGGCCAGGCUUCUCUAAAACCCUACAGAGUGAAAAGAAGUGAUUGGAAAGAGAAAAUAUAUUUUGGGUUUAACGAAGAACAAACAAGUCUUUUGCAAUUCCUUUUAAUUACAGAAAAUUAAAUAUAGAAAGCUUGGGUUUAACCAUGUCCAUGGCGGAAGAGAAAUUGGAGAACGGUGAGCCGAAGGUGGUGAAUAGAGCUGAGGAAGAAGAAGUAGUAGUAGUAGAAGAAGAAGAAGAAGAAGAACUUGAGGAGGAAGAAGAAGAGGAAGAAGUUUCGUGGUCGUCGGACUCAGAAAUCGGAGACGCAUUGGACUUGUUGGAUUCGAAGGACGAUCUCGAAGCGGUGGAAGGAGGUUUUACACUCAAUUCCAGGCGUCCAAAUGCUCAUGGAGGCGUUCAUUCUCGACCUAAUUCUUCAGCCUUACAGCCUCUCUCUAAUCGCAACCAGAAGUUCUCUAAUCACAUUAGAGCUUCACCUCUCGAGGAGUGGGAAGGGAGGUUCAACGUUGGCAUGUCGAAUUCUGUGACAACCGCAAUCCGUGAAAGUGUUCGAGAUAUGGCAAUUGGCAAAACAAAAACUACUGAGAAAGCAGACCGUGCAACUGUUGAGCAGGCAAUUGAUCCUAGAACUCGGAUGGUUUUAUUUAAGAUGCUGAAUCGUGGCAUUUUUCAUGAUAUUAAUGGCUGCAUUUCAACUGGGAAAGAAGCAAAUGUUUAUCAUGCAACAAAAUCUGAUGGCCAAGAAUUGGCAAUUAAAGUAUACAAAACGUCUAUUUUGGUAUUUAAGGACAGGGAUCGAUAUGUACAAGGUGAUUACCGAUUUAGAUAUGGAUACUGUAAGCACAAUCCCAGGAAAAUGGUGAAGACAUGGGCUGAGAAAGAAAUGAGGAAUCUCCUGAGGCUGAAGGCUGCAGGAAUAAGAUGCCCUACUCCUCUUCUAUUGAGACUUCAUGUCCUGGUCAUGGAAUUUAUAGGAAAGUCUGGUUGGGCUGCACCUCGUCUUAAGGAUGCUGCUUUAUCACUAGACAAGCUGCGUGAAGGUUACAGGGAGAUGAUAAUUGCCAUGCGGACAUUAUAUCAGAAGUGCAAACUGGUGCAUGGAGACCUCAGUGAAUAUAACAUACUUUUUUAUGAGGGUCACUUGUAUAUUAUUGAUGUUUCUCAAGCAGUUGAUCUUGAUCAUCCUCAUGCCCUUGAUUUCCUCCGUGAAGAUUGUGUUCAUGUUUCUGAUUUUUUUAAGAAACAUGGUGUAGCUGUCAUGACAAUCCGAGAGCUCUUUGAUUUCAUAGUUGAUCCAUGUAUUGCCGAUGAUGCCAUUGAUAGUUAUCUUGAAGAGGUGCAACAAAAGAUCGUGUCAAGAGGAGAAAUGACUGCAGAGGAUGAAAUUGCAGACUCUGUAUUUAUGCAGUCCUUUAUUCCGAAGACACUUGAACAUGUGAAGAAUGUCGAGGAGGAUGUAAUGCGGUUAACUAGUGGUGGGGACACAGGUGACAUGUACUAUAAGACCAUUACGGGGCUAAAGCAGGCUUUUUCAGAAGUCCAACAAGCUGCUACACGACAGGAUACGAACGUUGGAGAAGAGUCCUCUCUCAAUCCGGCUAGUCAUUCCAAUUCACCUAAGAAUGAAGAUGAAGAUGAAGAAGAAGAAAACUCCAGUGAGUCGGAAGAUAGCGAUUCCUCAUCAGAAACCAAAUCACAGCAGGUUCCUGUUGAUAAGAAAGCUGCCAGGAAAGAGAACAAAAAGAGAGUUAAAGAGGAGAAGAGAGAAGCACGGAAGAAUAAAGUUCCAAAGGCACUGAAGAAAAAGAGGAAAAAGUUGGCCAAAGCCCACAAGACGAGGUAGAGUUUGGUAGUAACUAGGACAGCAUAUUGUAGAAAUUAGACAAGAAGCCUAACUUAUUAACAAUUUUGAAAAUAUAAGCAAUUUAUUAUUGUUAAAUUUUUUUAA